GGUAGUUACUAUGCCUGUUCUCGUUGCAACUUUAAAAGUUUAUUUAAAUACAUGAAUGUAACAACUAAUAUGCAGGUUAACCACGAGCGUGAUUGAACAAGCCUAGCCAGUGUAUUGAAUUGCAGUGGAAUACCACAGCGCUUUAACUCGGGGUAGUUAGACCGGUAAGAGACAAAUAAGAGACAAAUAAGAAGUGCUUCUCAUUUUAAACUAUCUGGAUUUUAUAGCAUUGAUGACUGCACAUUGAAAGGAUUGUCGAAGAUUACCGCAAACAAGUUACUAUGGCGGAUGAACCCGAUAGGAUAAUGUAUUCUACCAUACACGAAAACAACACAGACGAUGACGUUCAUCAGGGUCUAACAUACCAAGAUAUAGAGUUACUUCCGGAUUUGAGUGACGCUAUCGCGUUGGCUGAAACGCACAAUGUCGACUAUGACGGUCUAGAGUCGCUAUCGGAAUUCAAGUGUAGGCUGAAAUGUCAUCUGACGCUGACCAAGUCAGGCAAUUUAAAAGACAAGAUUCAACGACAAAUCGCCGAUGUUGGUAAAGACGAUAAAAUAAAACGAGAAAAUUUGUGCAGAAUGGUCAAUGAACUAAAGAACGUGUUUCCCAAGAAAUCCCUUACACAGACGAUCAGAAGACAGGAAAUUGUCGAAGAGCUUUUAAACAAGGAUGGAUCAACUGACGACAUACGCGAAGAUUGUGAUAAACGAAUUGCGAGCCUCCAAGAAAAGGAAUGCGUCAUAUUGAUAGCAGGAGAGUCCUCCGCCGGCAAGUCUAGUUUACUGAACGCAAUCCUCGGAGAGGAGAUCCUACCGUCCCACAUGCUGCCAUGUACCUCAUGCAUUACUGUGAUCAAGUAUUACGCAUACCGAAACGCCAUUAUCGUGUACCGGGAUGGCCACAUUGACAAGAUCCCUAACCUGGACAAGGAGGGCCUGCAACAACUACAACAAAGGGCCUAUUUCUCGAAGGCCAACCAGAACAAGCCUCACGCGGAUGUAUACGCGGCUAGGAAAGAAGAACACGAUAUAGCAGAAAUUCAAGUGUAUUUGCCACUUCCAAUGUUAGCAAACGGAUUAGUACUUGUUGACACUCCAGGCAUCGGUGAAAAUGAGUUCUUAGAGAACUAUUUGAUGGAGUACAUACGCACACACCAGAUACUUGGCUUCAUGUACAUCAUUAUGACGGACAAUGCGCUUGGAAUAGCAGAGGACAGGUUAGUGAACCUGAUGAGCUUGAUAAUCAAAUCGCAGAAGUCAAGCACAGACAUAGUCAAGUUCAAUCCUAAAGCCGCCCUGUUCGUGUGCAACCGCUGGGACAUGGUAAAGGACGAAGACAAGGACGCUGUGAGGCGAAAUGCAAUCAAUCAACUGGAAAAGACUUGGCCUGAGUUUGAACCCAAGCUUGCGGUGUUCUUUUCAACUAUGGCUGCUCUGCGUGAGCAAAAUGUGAAUCCUGGGUAUGUAACGGACGAGUUUGUGGCGCUCCUUCUUGGUCUGCAGUCACUCGUCAAUGUGUCACUAGACAAGAGAAUCCAUGCGUCAUAUAGGUGGAUGGGCAAUGUGCUUCAACGAAGUGUGCACUACCUACGAACUAUGGUUAGAACACUAGAGAUGUCCGGCAGAGAAAGACAGCGGAAGUCAGCCGAAGCCACACAGAAAUUGAACGUUUUGGACAGAAAAGCAGGGGACGUAGUGAAGCAUCUAAAAUCCGAAAUGGAAUACUCAGUUCGACAUAUAAGCGACGAGAUAAAGAAAUAUCUCCAAACAACGCAAGCCGCUCGAAAACUUUCCCACAAGUACGGAACCAAAGACGGUGAACUGCCUAAUAUGCAGCAUGCUUCUGGCACUUGGGAAUGGGUAAAACGACACAUCGAAACUGCUUUUGACAACCGCCUAAACGAUCUGUUGGACGAAUGGGAUCGAGAAACACAACAAAUUUCAGACGUUGAGAAGAAACUGUUCCGUCAGGCGAAAUUGCAUUUGAGUGAUCUUGAAAGCGAAAUGACUGAAAUAGAAAAGGAGUGUCACACUGAAAACUUACCAGCUGCACUUCGUGACAGUGGAGUCUUUCUCAAUAAUUUGUGCAGGUCUAUUGAAGAUUUCGAGGAAGAUUUGCUUUUCGACCACAAAGUUCCACAUAAACUGCUGUCUCAAUUAAGCAAGAAAAUUACUCGGCAAAUACGGAAGAAACGAGAAGACUUAAAAUUGAAGGAAUACGAAAACAGUCCAUCAAAGGUUGCACAGAAACAAGCUGAAAAAUUACUCGAUAAAAUGUUGAAAGACAAAGACCCUCGUCUGGAAUCUUUUGUCCGAGAGUUUCUACAAAGACCCUUCAAUUAUAUAUCUCGUUUAGAAAGUAAAAUCCCCUCUCUGAUCGACUCCAAUAAGGAGCUACAAGGAAGAUUUGAAAAAGAAGUCGUCGAUGAGGGUAAAGAACGUCAGCACUAUGUUGAAAUGAUGACUCGCAUUGAAAAAUUACGCACAGACCUAGUUAGGUAUGGUGAACUUUCUGUGUUUUGCAACGACUUUGAAAACGAAGACAUCGAAAUUGUUCAGCACUUUCACGAGUCCAAAGGUCGAAACAUGAAACGGAAACAAUCAAUGGCUGACCUGAUGCAAGCAAAUCAGUUGAGCGAUGAUACAUGCUCGACUAUUGUUCCUCAUGGACAGUGGCACAUAGUUCACAUCGGACGUAUAAGGCGGGGAAGUGAAACUGAGUAUGUUGUGGUAAAACUGUACAAAGUAAAAAUUGACAACAUGCAAACGGAAUUAGCAAAACUACGGUGUUUACUUCACAACGACGUCUGUUUAGCAGAAUUUCUGGGAGUACAUCAUCAACCAGAUUUCAUGACACCAGCUUUAAUCUUUAGUGGAAAGCUACAAUCUGCACACAAUUACACACGAACCCAUCCAGACGUCAAUAAGCCGAAACUCUUGGAGGAAGUGUUGACUGGUCUACAGUAUAUUCACUCUAAAGGCUUGGUCCAUAUGGAACUCUCGAAGUACUCAUUAACGGUCAACGCGAGUGGAAAUGUCCAGAUGACCGGACAAUGCCUCCCUCGAACAAUGACGGCCGAUCCAUACAACAACGUCUCUUCAAAUGUUUAUCUCGCACCGGAAGUACUCAGGGGGAGUAUUUACGUCGCGCAUGCGGACAUGUAUGCAUUUGCAAUUUUGGCGCUCGAAAUAAUGGAUCCCAAAAAAUCGGACGAUGACAGAAUUGUUACCUUAACCAGGCAAGGCAGUAAGGCAUUGCAAGCGGAAAUUAUGCAGCUUGAACUUGAUAGCCGUGUAAACGAAAAGCUUACUGCAUGUUUGAAUGCAAUGGAAGAAAGACCUAGUGCACAAAUAGUAGCAGCCACGUUGAAGUUCAAGGACCGGAAGUUGUCGACAUUAGCUCCACGUAAUAUUUUCGCGAGACUCACAUUAAAAAAGUAGUAAUUUGCAAGCUUGUGACAAGGAGUACCAGUACUCGAUUUAAGUUUAGAAACCUAACUAUUUGGAGUUAAUAUUUUAGAAUAACAACACAUCUUAUUGUUAACAACAAUUAUUAGUUUGCGCCAGUACAAAUUGUGCCGUUUACGACUCUCGAAUGCAUACCAUCGAAAUUAUUAAAACGUGUAAUGCAUCAAAUGCGUUUUAAACAUUAAGUACUAGAGCUUGGGCCGUUUCAAUUUUGAUAUAUGUUAUAUCUGUGAUCACGGACAUUUGCCUCAAAAUAUGCUUUUAACAGUAUUCAGUCUUAUUUUUAACAGUUUGUUUGUUGGUAUGAUUUAGUUUGACGAAUGUGCACAACAUAAAAUUCGACAAUCGUCUAAAAGUUGGACACAUUAAUUACAUUAAAAGGCUGUGAUUGUUUGCAAGAUGUGUUAAAAAAUCGUUUUCUUGUGAGAAGAAUCUCCAGAAAUGUUUGUACACACAAUCCUGUAGAAUAUCGAAUACUCUAAAUAGUAAUAAUAAUAUAAUGAAAAUAACUUAAAUGAACGCAUUUGUCUUCGUCUGGGUACGAACCAUAGUUUUACACUAAUACUAAGUUUGUCAUCCAGCUGUUAGAAAUUAUUAGCGUGUUGUAAAGGAUUCCCUGACUAUGGUUCCAACGGACAAUUGCUCCUAAGUUAUUUUUGACACGGGCGGCACUUCUUUCUUCUGUUAUUUUGCCAACGGGACAAUGGUUCCUUCAUUAUGUUGACAGCACGCACAUUAGUUAAUUGAUUUUAUUCACUGCACGGACAUUGGUUUCUACAAACUAUUGACACCCCGGACAUUGGUUUCUACAAAUUAUUGACACCCUGGACAUUGGUUUCUACAUACUUGGAAGUGAAUUGGAGGGAAAGUGCCAAUAUAAAUUACAUUUGUCGGCUUAUUAUAAAUCGGCUUACUGUUCGAAAGUAACAUAAAUUUAGUUAUCGGCUAAUUAUGAGCUGAUAGUCUUUGAUUGGCCUAUGCUAAAUUGUGAAGUUUGGCAUUUUAUUGUAGUAACACAUGUCCGCGUUGUCAAAAUAAUGUAGUAACUAAUGUCCGGGUCGUCAAAAUAACGAGGGAAUAAUUACCCGAAAAAAACUAGGAAAAAAUGCCCGCCUAUGUCGAAAUAAGCUUGAGAACUAUUGUCCGUAUAUACCAGUGUUCGGAUAUCACUGCCCCCAACAUGAACGUCUCAAAAUAAAGUAUAUCAAACAAAA